AUGUCGAACGCAGCUCUUUCAGCCGCCGAAUCUCGCGCGGAAGAAGCGGAAAAUCGGCUCGCGCAAUAUCAAGCCCAGCUCGCGCAAUCUCAAGCCCAACUCGCACAAUUACAAGACCAGUUUGCGCAAAUGCGUACCCAGUCGAGUGAUCAGGGCCUUGAUACAGUUAAUUUAAACGCGAUUGAUAAUAACAUUCAAAUUCCGCAUAUAGAUCAUUACAGGGUUCCCAAGCUCCCCCCGUUUUCUCAAGUCGACCCAGCAUUGUGGUUUAUGCAGGCCGAGGUGUCCAUGAGAAAUUCCAGGAUUACUGCAGAGUCUACUAAAGCAGAUACCGUCCUCGCUGCACUGGAUGUCGAAGUAUUUGAUUGCGUUAGAGACAUCAUUGCUUUGGACCCUUCCCCAGCGGAUAUUUAUAAGCAGGUGAAGGCUCGGAUUAUCUCAACGUACGCGCUUUCAGACGAAACCAAAUUACGAAAACUUUUAAGCGGACAAGUCGGGACCGACGGAAAACCUUCGUUAAUCCUCAGUCGAUUGCGCGGGCUUAAUAACGGGAGGGUUGAUGAUAGCAUAAUAAAAUCAAUUUUCCUGGAUCAAUUACCACGCGAAACCAGCUCGAUCCUGAUAUCUACGGGAAUUACCGAUCUUUAUAAACUCGCCGAGAUCGCCGACCGUAUGGCUGAGAACACUCUCGGAGGCGUGGCUUACGCGUCCGCCGUGAACAAGGGGAAUUCAUCCCCUCCCGCAAAGACCGAGAUUCAACAACUCAUCGAAAGAAUCGAAAAAAUCGAAAAGCUAGAAAAGUCACGAAAUUCGCGUUCGCGAUCCAACUCCCGCAGGCGUAGGACCUCAACCUCGCCAAACAGGGCGAUCACACCCGCGCUCUGUCCGGCUCAUACUAAAUACCCGGAUAAUCCGACUUCGUGUCGAACGUGGUGCUCAAAAUAUGAGACGUGGAACAGUACAAAAAACUAA